AUCGAUUUCGAGCAAUGCUGUAUCUAAACCGGACAGAUGAAGGAUCUGAAUACAUCAACGCUAUUUACAUAAACAGUUUUGUGAAAAAGGAUUACUUUAUUGCUGCGCAGUCACCGUUGCCGUGUACUGUCGCUGAUUUUAUUACUAUGGUUUACCAAGAAGACUGUUCCUGUAUUGCCACAAUGGAAGACUUGAAAGAUCCCGGAAUGACGGUUGGGCAAUAUCUUCCUGAUGACAAAAAGACAUUGACUGUUGGCAAUUUCAAAGUAUCGUCUUCAAGACUGGAAACUAAACACAACUACGUGGUUAGGAAAAUGAAGAUUAAAUAUUCAGGAAAGAUUGACAGUGGAGAAAAGACUAUUUACCAUUUCCAAUACACUAAAUGGAUGACUGGACACGACACACCAGUGGAUGUAAGAGAAUUUGUGCAGUUUGUGAAUGAAGUCAAAGUAUAUGCAAAUGAAUUAGGCGAAGAGAGAUCACACGUGAUUGUACAUUGUCUGAAAGCCAAUGAGAGAAGUGGGCUAUUUUGUGCAUUGGCAAUUUUAAUGGAGAAAAUCAAACUUGAGCGACAGGUCAAUGUCUUGAAUACCCUGAGACAUCUGCGUACUAGACGGCAAACUGCAAUAACUAGCAUGGAGCAGCUCAAAUUUUGCUAUCAGGCAACAAGUGCAUACAUCAAAAUGAAUAUGCUAGGAUAAAUCGGAACCAGGCUUAGCAUUUUAAAAAGCUUCGUCUUUCUACAUAUUAAACGUAUACAUGCACAGUUUGGGGGAAAGUGUUUUCUACAUGUAGAUCUGCAUUUGUGCUCAAUAAAUAUAUAAAUAAAGGCAGACUGAUAUAUGGUUAUACAUGCUAUAUUGUAAAUAACACUUCUGUCGCUUGUUUUAUAUCAGAUUUGACACCUGGUAUAAAAUCUCUGUCCUAGGAGCAUACGUUAUAGGCUCGUCAUUUUAGUAAUAUCUUUGACAUUAUACUAGUAUAAUUGUAACAUCACUUUGAGGUAACACGACUGCUGGUAAGCAGCAGUAUUUUGUCAUUGCUUGUAUAUUGUUUCUGUCAUAAACAUAAAAUGUUGAUUUUAAAUUGAAUCAUAUCACUGUUUGACGAAUUGCUUUGUGACUUUUUUAAAGAAAUUGACGUAAUAUAUUAUAAAAUUGUACUAAUCCUUCUAACGUAUACAGAAGAAAACAUUGUCUAGAUUUCGGUGUUGGUUUAGUAACCUAUUGUUUUGAAUAUGCUUUUAUAUUACACAAAUUUAGAUUUAUAGUAAGUUGCACCAGAUAUGUUCAGAAAGAAAAUAAUUUGAUAAGUUACAAGAUUUUUGCAGGAAACUUACAGAUAGGGCAUUAAGGACUAGAUCUAAUAAAACACUUUUCUAAACUGCAUAAUACAUAAGCUACACUAACACAUUUGUUACACCGU